AACACAGAAACGGAAAAUGAAAAAUAAAUCAGAAAAACGAUACCAACAGAAACUCUAACUUGAACUCUGUGACUCACUGAGUUCGUUCGUUCGGAAUCGUUAACCGUUGUACCUGCCAUGGAGAAUGAGAACAGCAACGAAACAACGAGUAGCAGCAGCAGCAGCAUCGUGGAUCCUCUUUCCUUCAAGCUUCUAGUUUCGUGUCCCUCUCCUCUCUCACCAUCACAGGUCUCUGCUUCAUUCAGCGCCGAUUACGACCGGGUCCCUCACCCUGACACCAUCUUGGAGAACACCAUCUCUCAGAUAUGGGAGCAGAGAGCUCAGAAUAACAAGUCACUCUUCAAUGGAAACAAGUUCAGGUAUGGAGGGUAUGAAUUGAAAGAUGGAGGUGGAUCCAAUCAUGAACCUCAUUUGUGCCUCCAUCUAGGUUUGACAGAUUAUAGGACUUUUGUGGGAACAAACUUAAGUCCUCUGUGGGAAAGGUUUCUGGUUCCAUCAGAAGAUGAUCCUAUUCUUUGUCAGCAUACCUCCAGUCCGCUAGGAAAUGGUGCAGUGGUGGAGACAAUAGACAAGAAGAUAAUUGUUUUACAACGGAGUAACAAUGUUGGUGAAUUUCCUGGUCAUUUUGUAUUUCCCGGAGGCCAUCCUGAGCCUCAAGAAAUUGGUAUAACUUCCCAUCAACAUGGCAAGGAAUCAGUCAACAAUGAAGUUUCACGGGAGAUGUUUGACAGCAUAGUUCGGGAAGUUGUUGAAGAAAUUGGAGUGCCAGCCUCAUCCCUUAGCAUUCCAGCUUUUAUUGGCAUAUCUCGCAGGGACUUGAAUGUGAGACCGGCUGCAUUUUUCUUUAUCAGAUGCAAUCUUGAUUCGGAGGAAGUUCAGAAGCUUUAUUCUAAUGCACAAGAUGGCUAUGAAUCAACUCAGCUUUAUGCUGUCUCAGUGGUUGAGUUAGAAAGCAUGACUUCUAGGAUGCCUGGCUGUCAUCGCGGCGGAUUUGCUCUCUACAAAUUGAUGGUUGAAGCUGCCAACACUACUUGAUCAAAGUUUUUGAGCACUUACAGUUUAUAAAGCAUGUGGUUGAAUCAAGAUGGCUUCUCAAGUGUAUUUCUUGAGUAAGUUGAAGUUGGUAUUGCUGAGUUAAAGCUACCUUAGUGCAGUAGUGCACCCCAAAAAGAAAAACUGCAUAAUUUAACCAAGCUCAAUUCGUUCAGCAUAAUUUUAUACAGAUUCUGUAUUCUUGCCGAAAUAAUAAAAGCCAAUCUAAUUUUGUAUCUAUGUACACCGAAUACAAAAAUGCUGUGUUCAUAUCCCAGUGUAUAUACCUAAAAUUUUGAUUGAGAAUACUGUAAUAAUCCUUGCCUUCAUCACCACUGAGUGACAUCAAUAUAUUUGAAAAUAAUAUUUAA